UUGUUUUUGUAUGUGACCAGUGCUGUGUAGUAUGUCAAGGGGAUUAACCUCUUAAAUAGGUUAGUUAUAACUCAAUUAAAAUAUCGAAAGUGCUCCUUGUUUGUAUAUUUUCCAGGCAUCCUAGUAUCAGCUUUCUUUUUUCUUUAUGCUACAGUCACCUAAUUAAAAAAUAAUUUCUAGGUCACAUGAAUUGACUAUUUUGACACCAAAGGACUUAACAAAUAAGGCUUCAGUUUGCGAUGUGUCGUGGGAUGUUUCUCGUCUUCUUUUUCUUCAUUUCUACAUUGCUCGGCACAUCACAAGCGGGCCCCACGUGGACGGCUAAGGUAUGGAACACAAAAGAGUUCAAGACAUGGCAAGAGUACGCACUCCUGAGCAACGAGUCAGAUGAGAACCCUCUCUUGUCCCCGAGAAGUCACAACUUGCCACAUCGGAGUGAGGAGGAGAUGGAAAAACAAACAUUGGAGGCCUUCCGCUCACUCAAGAUGAACUACACGAAGCUGCUGCAUACUCUGGACGCAGGGCCAAGGUCUGGCAGACACCUGCCCCGUAUUGUAGACAAGGCUCUGCGCCUGAUGAACCUUAAACAGGUGGUGCAGGAGGUGGAGACCAGUGUCAUGUCGAAGGUGUCCUGCACAGCUUGCAAGGCAGGUGCGGGUCUGCUUCAACACUACAUCAGAGGGGGCAAGACGAGAGAUGAUAUUGUCAAAAUAACGUACCAGUUCUGUGUGAGUCUCAAGCUUCAGACGCCUCGGGUCUGUGAGGGAAUCACAGAGCUGUUUGGGGGAGAAGUGGUUUACGUGUUGAAGCGUCUAAAGAUCGGCCCUGAAGAGAUCUGCAGCUUUGUGAUCGGAGAUGCUUGCGGAGAUGUGGACAAUCCCACUCACGAGUGGCAAGUGGUAUUUCCUCCAGUGCCCAAGCCUCCUGUACAAGCCGCAACUCCUCCGUCGGCAACUGCUGCUACAUUCAAGAUUCUACACAUCUCAGACACACACUAUGACCCGUACUACCAGGAGGGUACCAAUGCUGAUUGUAAAGAGCCGUUGUGUUGCCGUCUGACCAAUGGCCCGGCACCUACACCAGCAGCCGCGGCGGGGCGAUGGGGCGACUACCGCAAGUGUGACUCUCCCAAGCGAACUGUCGACCACAUGCUACAACAUAUCUCCAGCACACACCCGGACAUUGACUAUAUAUUGUGGACUGGUGAUCUUCCGCCUCAUGACGUUUGGAAUCAAACCCGAGACGAGAAUCUGAUGGUCCUGAAACAAACAGUGGAGCAAAUGACAACAUUAUUCCCAGGAAUCCCCAUUUUCCCUGCUCUGGGAAAUCAUGAGGCUGCUCCAGUUAACAGUUUCCCACCUCCAUUUGUCCAGAACGACUAUGGUAUUGACUGGUUGUACUCUGCGCUAGAUAAGGAGUGGCGCAAGUGGUUGCCAUCGUCGGUGUCACGCACGGUACGUCGAGGAGCCUUCUACAGCGUCCUGGUACGACCGGGCUUCAGAAUCAUCUCACUCAAUAUGAACUACUGCAACAAUAAGAACUGGUGGUUGCUCCUUAACAGCACGGACCCAGCUAAGGAGUUGCAGUGGUUCAUUUACGAGUUGCAGAGUGCUGAGUUUAACGGAGAGAAAGUUCAUGUCAUCGGACACAUUCCUCCCGGACACAGUGACUGUCUGAAAGUUUGGAGUAGAAACUACUACGCCAUCAUCAACAGGUAUGAAUCAACAAUCACGGCACAGUUUUUCGGUCACACUCAUUACGACGAGUUUGAAUUGUUCUACGAUAACGAGGACCUUGGACGAGCUAUCAACGUGGCUUUCAUCGGACCUUCAGUGACGCCUUACAAUGACCUGAACCCUGGCUAUCGGAUAUACUACGUGGACGGAGACCAUGAUAAAUCAACCAGGAUGGUGGUGGACCAUGAGACAUGGAUUAUGAACCUGAAGGAAGCCAACUUGUACGACUACCCCAUCUGGUACAAGUUGUACAGCAUGAGAACAGCCUUCCAGGUACCCAGCUUGCUACCCCAGGAGCUAGAUACUCUGGUCAACAAACUGGCCGAGAACCAGACAGUGUUCGACCAGUACUACAGAUACUAUUGGAAGAACUCUCCGGUGCGGCCAGCCUGUGACGCUGAGUGCAAGAAAAGGUUGAUCUGUGAUCUAAGGUCCGGCCGAUCACACGACCGCCGCACUCUUUGUCAGGAGAUUGAGAGCCGCAUUGACGCCAACACUCGCACCGGCUGGCGUGCCUGGCUCUACAACGGCAUCGCUCUAUCGGAAGAGCUUCCUCACGUUCUACAGGUCUAGAUACAACUUUGCUGGUGGUUGGCUCUCUCUUUUGGAUGUCCAUGAUCAUGGCGAUACCAGCUUUCACCUACCAAAUCCCAAAAUUUGUCAUGGGUUUUGGGUAAUGCACCGAAGUUUUACCACCAACAGACUGUGAUGAUUUCUCAACUCAACCAACUCUACAAACUUGGACACCAAUAAUUUUACUGUUGAAAGCCUUAUAAAUUGUGUAUGGCUUUCACAAAAUGUUAUUGUUUUUAUAUCUGUAAGAUACAAUUUUUGUGUUUUGUGAAAAUUGUGAAUGAUCAGCGUAAUCUCUCAGUUAACUUAUUUAAUGUUGUUCGAUCAUUGUAAAUCUGACCAAAAAUGUCAACGUGGAUUGUUUACAAUUUUGACAUUGACAGAGAGGGAUGAUUCUUUUAGUUGUUGAGGGUGGACAAGACUGGACACACAAUGAUAACAUUUUAAAGCAAAUCUGCUGAUGAUAUAUAUAUUCCCUAUAAAAUUUAAUUUGUGCUGGAAAACUGUUCUAACGUUAAUUUAAGACUUACCUAAACUAAGAUACAACUGUUUUUUUAGUCAAGGCAUAGGACUGUUGUCCUGAAGACCUGGCUCGGAGUCCAGCCAUUCACAAAUGACUUCCAGUUAUGUGAUAAUUGCUGUGAAUGUUUAGGGCUUUUAGUAAUGAAAUACCUAUUUGUGUAUGAAGAGCGCAAAGUAUCAUUGAACUGUAGCGCUCAAGAACUGUAGAUGGCCGUAUGAACGCCAACAGUGAAAUCAGCUGAUUUAGUGAUUUUCUGAUUUAGCAAUCAGGAAUGUUCAUCUAUUUUGUGUACUGUAUUUUUAGGUGCUUCAAUGUGAUUAUAUCCAUGCAGUGGUAGGAAAAAGUUAUUAUUUUACAAAAACUGAUCUGUUUGGAAUAUUUUAUUACCACCAUUGCAGAUUGCUUAGUUACAGAAGUUGGUAGCUAAGAAGGCUUACACCGCAUUUCAUUAUGUGUCCAUUCCCCACCUGUAUAUUCUCAAUUUGUGUAUACCUAACUUAUCUGGAAAUAGUGGAAAUUGUGUUAUAUUGAGCAUUUUAAACCCCCAAUAGAGUUUCUUAACGUUGGCCAUUAUUUAAUUUUACGAAAAGAUUAUUUCUACUGCAUUUUUAACUUUGUUUGAUGGAACAGUGUUUUAUCAUUUUAAAGUGGUAUGAGGUUUCCAGAUCCCAGAAACUAGAAUACUGAAAUACUUAGCUUUAGCGCUUUAGAUAGGGUAUCCAAUGUUUUUUUUUGUUUUUUUUUUUUUGUAUUCUGUUUAUUUAUUGCUCACUUACAAUACAUUAUUUGCUGUCAAAGCAAUUUAUAUGUGAAAUUAUUUAGUCUAUAUUUACCAUUGUGAUAAACCAGCCAUUUUGUGUAAAAUCACUUUUACAAGUUUUUUUUAAUUUGAUUGUUUAAUAUUUUUCUCUUAUAUUUAUUUAGUAUCUCAGAUACUGCUUUACUUUACAUACUGUUUUGGGGUAUUAUUUAUUAAAUAUCUUUAUUAUGUUCAAGGGGAACUACACAAAAUGUGAACCCUUUUUUAAUAGGCCUUACUGUUAUUUUUAUAUUUUGCAGCUUUCAUUGUUUUACCUGUUAUUAUUGUUUUUAAAACAAACAUGCAUUUUCAUUCCACCGGUGUAAAAAUUUAUUUUUUAUUAUGUCCAUAUAUGUAAUCAACUACAUUGGGUUUUUUUCAAAAACUAAAUUUAAAAACAUGUAUAAUGCUGAUCAAGAAGUUAUUUAUUUUUUCAAAGUAAAGAUUAUGUAUUAGAAAGCUUUUUCUGGCAUGUUCUGCAAUAAUUAAGUUUAGUAAAUUGCCUACUCGUUUAAAGGUUAGUACAAUUAAACUUAGGCUAAUAUAGUUUUAAACUGAUUUGUUUAUCAAAUUUAUUUAUUGUGGACCAAAGAUUUUGACACAACAACUUUCCUAGCCUUUGAAAUUUAAAUCUUGUUAUCAAAUGAUAAAGUUAACGGAAAGAGGAAGUUUAUUGUUAUGUUAUCAAAGGAGACUUAGACUUGCUUGUUAAUGACCUCUAGACAGUUGACGUUAUCAUUUUAGGGUAAAAAAUUCUAAAAUUAAUUGACUUCAUGACAAGGCUUAGCAUUUCUUUUGUGUAUAAAAAUAAUUUAACUAUAUUUAAUUAGUAUUGCUGAUAGACUUAACUCUGUUGUUUAUUUGGAUUAAAAUCUGAAACCUGUAUAAAUUUGUAUAAAUGUAGUUAUAUUUUUAAUAAAUAUUUAUUUAUUUAUUCGA